GUCACUCCUAAUCACUGUCAACUAUCAACGGCCGUGAUUGAGCGCGUCCUGCGGAUACAAACAAUGGUCUACUAAUCCCUUCACGAGAAGUUUGGAGUUGUUAUCAAACUUGGAACUUACCGACAAACACUGGAUUUACAUGUGAAGAAAAAGAAGUUCUUCUUAUUUCAGCGUAAAGUGGAAUACUUCUCUUCAAAAGGACAUACCAAGCGUGCCAAAGAAUCUCAAGAAUGUUUCUUUAUGAACUUAUCUCACACGUCAAUAUAUGUUUGUAACUUGCUAAACAUGCAACCAUUUUGCUACAUUUAGUAAGCAGAAAAUGCCUCUGUUUCUUAGUAAGCGCGUUCGAGUUACUAACGCCUCGGGAUCAGUGUUUCUCCACUAGCUGAAUGAAGUUUUGCUUCUGAUUUAGACUCCAAACUGAGUCUCAGACAGUUUUCAAAACUCGUUUCAUCAUCUGCCCACAAGGGCUUGGUCGACUUCAGUCAUGAACGCGCCAAGGUGCUCUGGAGUUUGCGCGAUGGUGAGACUUCUGGCGCUGUUUAUACACGUUUUGUCAACGACAGCAAAGAGACACGUUGUAUACUGGAACUCUACAAAUACACGGUUAACCGGAGAUGAUUACUCUGUCCAGGUCAAUCUGAGUGAUUAUCUGGAUAUACUGUGUCCUCACUACCCCGCCGACCACCCGUCCGGCGCUUCAGUGGAGACUCUGGCUCUGUAUCUAGUGGCGGAGGGCCAGUUUAGGGGCUGCGUAGACACUAAAGAGGCCAUUAAGAGAUGGGAGUGCAACCAGCCGUUUGCUCCCUUCGGCCCUGUCAGGUUCUCUGAAAAGAUCCAGCGCUUCACACCCUUCUCUCUGGGCUUUGAGUUCCUGCCCGGACACCAUUACUACUAUAGCUCUCUGUCCACAGAUGACGGUCCUCCCCUCCCCUGUAUGAAGCUGCGGGUCACGGUUUGCUGUCCGCCGACAACAGCUGGAUCAUCUAGACAAGAAGCCACUGAAAUACCAUCACACAGCACCACUGUCCAAAAUAUGACCUUGACACAACUUUUUCUCCUCCUCAUCCCCUUCUUAUUUUCUUAUUUUCUCUAACAUUUCAUCUCAAAACAUUAAAGCUAAACACCGGUUGCAGCAUAUAUUCUUCCAUAAUCAUCUACAUCUGUUACAGUAAAUGUUUGCUGGAUCACAGACUCUCUCUCUCUCUCUAAACUUCUCCUUUGCUCCAUCAUGUUUGUCCUCCUCUAAUCUCCAUUCGUCGCUGUCUGCUCUGAUAAAAGUUCACUCUGUAACAGAGCGACACUAAUCUACCUUCAAAGAGCUGAUCUUACUGUUCCUUUGCUUUUUAAUCCAUCUGUCCUUAAGAGUCUGACAUUCCUUCACAAGCCGUCUGCUUCCCUUCUGUGCUACUGUACAACAAACUGAGCCAAAGACCACGAGAAGCGCUUUUACUACUGAGAGGAAGAGCAGGAACACACGUCUGAUCACUGACAUGAGGAUCGAUGGUGGAAAAAUACAACUUUUUUUUUUUGGACAACCUUGCUUCAUAAGAAGAAGAAAUAACAUGUUGAAGCCAAAGCCAGAUCGCAGCAGUUGAACUGAUUUUGCUGCAUUGACUUUAUGGAGACUGGCAAAACUCCAGAAAUCCUGGAGCACACAAGGAAGAGAAAGAAUUUCUUCCUGUUUGUUGCUUGUU